CUGCACACUGGACACUUCACAUCAUUCUGGAAUACUACUAAAGUGGCAGUCGUGCAAAACUGACACUCCAGAUUCUUCAAAGCUGCUCAAAUCUUCAAUACCAGAGGAGUGUAAAGGAUAGUAAGAUACUAUUUUAAUGUGCUAAAUUCCAGAACAUCUUCCAUUUGCUAACACCGGGCAGCAGCCAUGCAUAAAGCCUACCAGCCCCUCAAGCCCGCCACUAAUAAGUACCUGCAGAAGAAAUGGGACCAGACACACUAUGAGGCGCAUCGCAAGAAGGUGAAAGAAGCCAAACCCAUAGUGGACACCAAAGGCAUCCGAACACCUACUCAUGUCCAGCUGAAGCUGAAGAAAACACAGGUUCAAGAGGAAAGGCAGGCCAUCAUAGACAGGGAUAACCUACUGCUGGCGUCCAGACUGGCUGGGAUAGAGCGCUCUAAAGGUCUCGUAGACCACAGGAAUGAAUAUCCAGAGCACAGUCUGAAUGCUGAGAGGAGGAGGGAGGAGCUAGCACAAGUGACCCGUGAGAACCUGGCGAUCUAUCAGCGAAUCACAGCACGAGAAUCAGAAUACAGGCGGGAGGUGUGGGAGGAGGACUGGGAGAAAGUGGAGAGAAGACGAGAUGAUAUAGCGCGCUACCCAAGGGGUGUGGCCAAUAAACAGAGGUCCAAGAAGAGUGUGAAGUUUUCUGGAGGAACACCAGGGCACAGUCAGAGCUCAUCCAGCAGAACAGAAGAUGACCAAGAUGAGACCACAGAAGAAGAUUAACCCCUUAAAAUCCCAGGCUUAUUACAUGCUAUGGUCGAUUAUUCAGUAACUACAGGGACUUCAGUGCAAAUGGGUUGAGCUAUUCCUAGGUUAUAGAAGUAUGUAAUAAAUUUUGGGCCCAUGGCAAAUGUAAGGGGUUAACUAACAUUAAUGGCCACUCCCUCUUCCUGCAUAACUCUUGAGAAAUCU